UGGCAACGCUGGAGAGAAAGCACCGUUAAAUGGGAAAAAUUAAAAAAUGUAAUAAAUUAACUUUAUAAUGGAAAUUGUAAACCUGUAAACAAUGAAUUUAUUAUGCAGGUCAUAUAUAAAAGAGAAUGCCAUAGUGUUGACUACACCAAAGCGCAAUAAGUUGCUCAAAGAUGGCCCAGAGUCGGAGUCUCUGAUGUCAAACAGGUGUCACAUUUUGGGACGCGGUUCCUACGGAAUCGUAUUCAAGGCAAUUUUUCGCGAGCACGCUGUGGCUUUAAAAAUCAUUAAAAAGCGCGCCAUUUUAACGUUGCACAAUGAAGCGCAUGCUUUGAACUGGAAUCACAGGAACAUUGUGCGGAUUAUAAAGUUGGAAUCGACACCGGAGUUUGGUUUAAUCAUCAUGGAGCGUUCGAAUGGUUUUUGCCUGCAGCGUGUUGUGGACACACUGGCGCUGCCUCUGAUGCAUCGAUUGUUCAUAGUGCUUGAUGUUCUGGCUGCCUUACGUUAUUGUCACGGCCGGCAUGUAUUGCAUCUAGAUGUGAAGCCCGGGAAUAUAUUGAUUGCAUUGGACAACCAAAAUAACUGCAGUAAUCGUAGUUAUAUUUGUAAACUCUGUGACUUUGGUUGCUCCCUCAAGUUGAAUGAAUCCUCGGACAGUAGCAAUACUAAUGGAACCACCACAAAGGGUACACUGCGCUACAUGUCACCUGAAGCUUUGAGAUCGGCGCCUUUAAGUUGCGCCUCGGACAUGUAUUCCCUGGGAAUUACCAUGUGGCAGCUGCAGUCACGUCGUCCGCCUUAUUAUACACUCACCUGCAAUGAGACCAUUGCCUAUCAGGUGGUCAAGCACCAACUAAGACCAGAUAACUAUGCACGCCUUAAAGAGCUGCAACUUAGCUCCAAUUAUACUAAAAACCCGCCUUUAAGCAGUUGUUAUUGUGCCAACUCCGUUGAGCUCAUUUGCAGCUACAUAAACCAAGUAAAUCCACAACUGGAUUUGUAUAAAAAAGCACGGCGUCAACUUAAUUUUGAAACAUCACAUGGACGUGUCAACAAGCGAUCAACUAAACAACAAAAGCAAAACAAACAACCAAAAUUAUCGCACUAUUUUUAUAAUCAGCCAACAGUUUCGGCCACAUCUCUGGAAAGUGCAUAUAGCGAUCUAUAUAGAAGCUGCUGGAUCAGCCAAGCGGAAUUGCGUUUAAACUCAUUUAAAUUGCAACAACGCCUUGAACUUAUUUUGCAUAAAUGCCUAUCUAAUUAAUAAAAACUACUAGAGCUAUUGUUAAACAUAUAAAUAGUUCUUAUUAAUUGGAAAGGCAAUUAUCCAAAAUUAGUUCAAAUGCAAAGAACAUUUACAAAUAACUUUAAUUAUUUGUUUUUAACUGUCCAUUUUAUUUGAACUAAUUUUGCAUUAAUGCAUAUCAAAUUAAUAACAACUAUUUAUGUGUCUAUUUAACUUUAAGUAUUCGAACU